AUGUCUUCUGCAGCGGCGGACCUGCUGAUGGGCGUACUCUUUGGUGAUCGUGGGCGACGGCAGGAUGUCAGGACCAGGGGCAAGUUUCACUCCUAUGCCCUACAGUGGGCUGCUUCCUACGUCUGUACCUUCGCCGGGAUCCUUGCACUGGUAUCCUCUGAGACGUCGGUGUUCAUCCUGACGUUCAUGUCACUGGAACGUUACCUGUACAUCAGUGAGACGCUGGACUCCAGUACGUUGUCUGAGAAGAGUGCCAGGAUGUGUCUUUCUGUUAUCUGGCUCACUUCCAUCAGCCUGGCCCUCUUCCCAACUCUGUGGGUAAGAGGGUUCUACGGCAGCAACGUCAUGUGUUUUCCUUUGCACAUCAACGAGCCUUACUUAGUAGGGUGGCAGUACUCUGCUUUCAUAUUCCUCGGCCUUAACAUUGUCAGAUUGAAGAGGAGAGGUAUGGAGCCAGUGGUCGUAGAGGAGAGGUAUGGAGCCAGUGGUCGUAGAGGAGAGGUAUGGAGCCAGUGGUCGUAG